ACAUCUUGCCCCCAUGACAUAGAUAAAGAGACUAGGCUGUAAAAGGGAGUGAAUGACGUCUUCUCACACCGCAACUCUGUAUACUAAUAACGAAGGAUCGCCCAGAUCAAUUCUCUAGAUUAUCAUUAAUCCUCAGGUAAUUGCUGAGCGAACAGACAUGACUAAAAGUGAAUAUGAAGUAGAAGCAGCGAUAUUAUUCUUGCCGUCAUACCAUAAUUAAAAGCAUUCCAGUUGUUUACGUUAAAGUAAAUUAUUCGUUUCGUUUACCCAGGAUAGCCAAGUUUAUUUUUGUACAUUUCUGACUUAAUUUUUUAAUACAGCAUUUAUAUAUAUCCUUAAAAAGAAAGAUUGUCCUGACGUGUCAUUUUUUAAAACUAGUAUAAAUUGGCGGUUAUUUCUACGAGGCUGAUCGCCCACGUAGCUGUAGAAGCUCUGUCGUUGGCUCGACCCCUCUCUACGUGUUCGUCGCAAAGACGAAGCAUUUUCGUAAAUUUGUUUGGUUUCUUACAAAGCUAAAACAAAACCUUAGUUUCGUAAACCAGUAUGCUAGCUCUGCUUGCAUAGUUUUAUCACGUUUCACAUUUUUUGGUCUAACAUAGAAAUGAAGAUUGCUGUUGAGGGUUGUGCUCAUGGAGAGCUGGACAAAAUUUAUGAAACUAUUCAGUAUAUUGAAAAGAAAGAAAACACCAAGGUUGAUCUACUCUUAAUUUGUGGUGAUUUUCAAGCUGUCAGAUAUGAAAGUGAUAUGAAAUGUAUGGCUGUACCAAAGAAAUUUCAAAAAAUGAAUUCAUUUUAUAAGUAUUAUAAUGGGGAAAAAGUUACUCCAGUUCUCACAAUUAUCAUUGGAGGGAAUCAUGAAGCCUCCAAUUACAUGCAAGAAUUACCUUAUGGUGGCUGGUUGGCUCCAAAUAUUUAUUAUCUUGGUUAUGCUUCUAUUGUUCAGUUUGGUGGUGUCCGUAUUGGUGGAUUAUCAGGGAUUUAUAAAGGGCAAGAUUUUUAUAGAGGCCAUUAUGAACAUCCACCUUACACAGAAGAGACAAAACGAUCUGUCUACCAUGUUCGGAACUUAGAAUUUUUCCGAAUGAAACAGAUCAAGCGGCAUGUUGAUAUAAUGUUAUCACAUGACUGGCCACGUGGAAUUCAUAAAUAUGGGGAUCUCAGAGAUCUCCUUCGAAAGAAGAAAUUUCUGGAAAAUGACAUUGAGACUAACACAUUAGGUAGUCCACCUGCUGAGGAACUUCUUCACCUCCUUCAACCAACAUACUGGUUUUCUGCCCAUCUACAUGUAAAAUUUUCUGCUAUUGUGCCUCAUAGGACUGAAAGUGGUGAAUUUAAAUCAAAAACCAAAUUUCUUUCACUUGAUAAAUGUUUGCCGAGAAGAGAUUUCUUACAGAUUUUAGAUAUUCCUCACAGAAAACCUUUAAAGCUACAGCUAGACCCUGAAUGGUUAGCUGUUCUAAAAUCAACUAACCAUUUACUAAACUUGCAUAGGUCCAACUGUUAUAUGCCUGGACCUGGAACUGAUGAACGGUAUGAUUUCACAGCAACCGAUGAAGAUAUACAAAAUAUAAUUGAUGAUUUUGGUGGAGAUCUUACCAUCCCAGAAAAUUUUGUGCAAAGUGAAAAUGUCUCAGAUAUACAUAUCAAUGAACAAACAACUUUACUUUGUGAUAUGUUAGAUUUAACAGACCCAAAUAGAGUUCUAAAUAAUAUGGACAGUAGUUUCAAUAGUAACUCUAAUAUUAGUAUGCAAAAUAUCACAGAUACUGUUCAUUCAGAAUGUUCUAGUUCUGAAGAAGAUAAUGUUCACACCAGUUACUUAAAGAAUGUAAGUGAAAAGAGCCCUGACCCAACCUCUCCACAAGAUCAUAUACCACAGGCAGAAGUUAACAAUGAAUCAACUAUAGAAACAACAGAGUUAUUGGAAUCCAUUAAUUCAUCAGGAAGUUCUUCAAAUACGUCAAAACGAUCUAAUACAUCUUUAGUUUCACCUGGUGAAAACAAAAAGUUCAAAAGAAGGAAUUUAAAUAUAUAUUAUGACUCAAAGGACAGUAUAUCUUAAUAUCAAUUUAGUAUUGUUUAGUUCCAAGUCAGCCAUUGAUCAAAGGCAUUACAGCUGUGACCAUCCCAUUUUAAUUUCAGCAAUAAUCUACCUUAGACUACAUUCUCCAAUAUGUCCUCUUAAAUUGGUAGAGUAUGAUUUGAGGGAAAUUUGGUUGUUAUUUCUAACAGGGCAAGCAGCCAUGUAGAGUCUGCUUCAUUAGCUCAAUUGUUUUAAUGUAAAUAACUUAGCAAAUUAUUUUGUUUUUGCUGAAAAUUCCUGAUUGGGAAAAAAAAUACUCAUACUGAAUAUCUUCUGAUAAACCAUCAUUUCAUCAUCAAUAAUCUGGAAGGGCUAACAGCAAUGAAGAUUUACUCAUCAUCAUCAACAUAUAAAAAAACAAAACAAAAGAAAACGACUAUUUUCUUAUGACUCACAGUUUUAAUAACAGAAUAGCCUUUGACAAUAUUUUUUCUGUAAAUGAAUAUAGUAUAUGUUAUCCAACUGUAGAACUAGGGUAAUGUAAAAAGGAAGGAGGCAAGUUUGGCAUGAAGGUAGAAGGAUCACCAGAAGGAAGUCAAAAAGAAACUUGUUCUUUAAUGGUGGCAGGAAAAACAAGCAAAUUCACAAAACUGCACAUGGAAAUCAUAUACAUUCUGUCUAUACAAAUAUUAUUUUACAAAGAAUUCCAGCAGUUUUUUUUUAUGUGUAUGUUUAUUUUAUGCCCUCCAUAGCUCCAAGAGUUUAAAGAGCUACAUUUGAAUAACUUCAUAUUUAGUGUAUUAUUAUGAAACUAGAAUCUGUUUAUGAUUAAACAAUUUAAGAAAUGUCAAUGUACUGUCACAGCUGAAAAUUAACUGACAAUGAUCUAGCUGAAAAAUUUUAUUACAUGCAUCAAUUAUAUGAUUGAGCAAAUAGCUUACACAACCCUUUCGUUUCUUUAGAUUGCACACCUACCUGUUUCGCCCAAAUGUCUUCCUGGUGCCAACAUACCUAUUGUAAUGGUCUGCUCCUUCCAUUUAGCAUAACACAACCCGGGUGCUAGAAGAGGAGACAUAAUACUACAACUAACUGAUACAGCCAGUAUUGUAGGUCUGUUACAGAAACCAAUACUGAUGAUGGAUGGCAUCUGAAUAGCUAAACUGGAUGAAAUAAGUUCUAUUAUUGUAGCGGUUCCUGUGAUAUAAUCACAGUUGUACAGUGUAGAAAUGUCAUCACUUAGUCAACAACUAAGCCAAAAAUGUUGACAAUAUUGAUUAGUAAGUUUGUCAUUUACAACUUUUUAUCAUUGUAAAUUUUGAUGGUUCCUUCAAUCCAUUGUUUUAAUGAAUUUUACUGCAGAGAAGAACUGCAUCCACCAAUAUUGUUCUUCUCCAGUUACACGCUCACCAUAGAAACUGUUAACAUAUUGGAUGGUUGACAAUAAACAAGGGGGGUUGGCCUUAAUAAUAACAUAAAUGAGCACAGGGAAAAAGUCAUCUGCAGCUGGCACUUUUCGGUCAUUGGCCAUACUCAAUAAAUUCAUAAUACAUAAUGAACAACGAUAUACACACUGUACUUUAUCUUUUGGUGUCUGAAAGAAAAUGAAACAGAAAAUAUUUUUUACCAUUUACCAAAGCGAAAUAAAAAAAGGCACAUUGAAAUCACAGAAACAUUUGUUAUAUUAACUGAUAAGAUAAGGUGGGUAUGAAAUAUGAAAUUGAAUAAAUUUUUAUGGGUUUAUAAA